AUUUAUACUUUGCAUCAUUAAUUGGAAGUUCUGACAUAUGAUCGCCAUGGGUAUGUGAAUGGCAAUACAAAAGAUGGCAAUACUGCGCCCUGAAAUCUUUACUCUUUACGUAUGCUUCGACGUAUUGUGAACGUGUCAAACAUUUUUAAACACGUAUCUACGUAUGUGUAUAUCAUCACAGCUGGAGUUUUGCUCAGUUGAAUAAAACCAUUUAUUUUGUUUUAAAAUUAAAGUAAACGUUCGAUUAAGAUGGCCCCAAAACAAAGAAUGCGCAUAGCUAACGAAAAAGCUAGCAAAAAUGUAACGCUUCGUGGAAAUGUACCCAAAUCAACAAAGCCACAAGAGGAUAAUUAUCCCGUUGGUCCAUGGUUGCUGGCUCUUUUUAUAUUUGUAGUGUGUGGCUCAGCUAUUUUCCAAAUCAUACAAUCCAUACGCUUAGCGUAAUGUGAUAUAUUAAAAAAAACAGAAUAAAUUUUCAACAUAC